AUGGGCUGGGAUGACGUAUUUCAAAAGAAGGAAUCAUCCAGAGUGCGGUCUGUAAAAUCCACACCGAUCAAAAAAGCUAAUGAAAAAUCCCGUACUACCACAGACAAAACUUCAUCAUCGCAAGCUUCUAACAACACUUUCUUCGAUUCAUUAAAACGAGUUCAAGGCGCGCUAUCGCCUGCUUCCAAAUCGAAAUCGACCAACAGACAAGAUGUAAAAAGGAACAGGCCGAUAUUAGAAGUGCCCGCUAAAUCUUCUGAUAAACUUAAGGAUAAAGACAGAGAUAGAACGAAGGAUAAGGAAAAGGAUAAGGAGAAGGAAAAGAGGUCGUGGUUUAGAAGUCCGUCGAGGAGUAGCUUGAAAAAAGAAGUGACGAAAUCAUCCACAUCUCUUAAUGCCAAUGCAAGCGCUCAAAAAUUGACGCAAAAGAAACGACCUCUUAGUGCAUUUCCUGAAGCGAAUAUUACUCAUAGGAGAAGAUUAUCAGUGUUCAGUAAAGAAAGAAAGAAAGAAAGAAAGAGAGAAAAAAAGAAAGGAAAGAAAGAAAGAGAGAAAGAAAGAAAGAAAGAACGAAAAAAAGAAAAAAGAAAGAAAUAAUAAUAAUUCUUUAUUUUCCAUAAGACAAUAAUUACAAUUGUAUAAGAUUCGUCAAUAUAUAUACAAUCGCGCUAUAAUUCUAAACAGAUUAAAAUAAGAGAAAGAAAGAGAGAAAGAAAGAACCAAAGAAAGAAAGAAAGAAAGAAAGAAAAUGAAAACUUUUCCUGAAGUAAUAUAUUUAGAUAUAUGGAUUAUAAGCGAGUUGGACAUUAUUUGUCCUUGUCCACUGCGACCUUUUCAGAUCUACUAUGAGACUCCGUUACUUAGAGUUUGUCGUCUGACUUGGUCUUUUUUAUUAGACUUAGCAGCUUUGACAGUGGCUUCCGCGUGUCAUUACGUGGUUCUGGCUUUUCUUCACUUUGCGUUAGAAACCUCAAUCUAACCAGGCCUUCAUACUGGCACAGGACGUG